UCAUUCAUUAAUCCAAACAUUGAAAUUAAGCAUGCUAGAAUCGCACCUCCAUCUCUCCGGCCCUGGUGCCUUCCACGACGACGGCGACGACACUAGCAACUACAGCUUCUCCGGCGAACUCUUGCCGUCGCUGGGAGCCAGCAUCAACCGGUCGGCUAAUCCGAGGAAGUUCAUAAUCUUGCCUUAUGAUCCACGUUACAGGGCAUGGCAGAUGUUCCUAAUUCCGCUUGUUAUUUACUCGGCGUGGAUUUGCCCGUUCGAACUCGCAUUCUUAAGAUACUUGCCUUCGAAACUCUUGUGGCUCGAGAACAUCUUGAACAGCUUCUUCGCCGUCGAUAUCCUUCUGACCUUUUUUGUUGCUUAUCUCGAUCCUAGAUCCUAUCUCUUGGUUGAUGAUCCAAAGAGAAUUGCAGCUAGAUACUUGUCCUCCUGGUUCAUCUUCGACAUCUUGUCUACUGUUCCAUUUCAAGCAAUCAGCUUUCUCUUCGAAAGCAAUGACAAUGUUCUUGGCUUUAAGAUACUGAAUAUGCUCAGGCUAUGGCGGCUCCGGAGGGUUAGUUCCUUAUUCUCGAGGAUCGAGAAGGAUAUCAGAUUCAACUACUUCUGGACUCGAUGCACAAAGCUGGUCUCCGUGACUGUCUUUGCCGUGCAUUGCGCCGGGUGCUUCAACUAUCUAAUCGCCGAUCGGUACCCGAACCCAAGCAGAACAUGGAUAGGCGCAGCGAUGCAGGACUUCCGAUCGCGGAGCCUGUGGACGAGAUAUGUUACUGCAAUGUAUUGGUCCAUGACGACCUUAACAACCACCGGCUAUGGAGAUUUGCAUGCGGAGAACACGGAGGAAAUGUUAUUUGACAUCUUCUACAUGUUAUUUGAUCUCGCCUUGACUUCCUACAUCAUCGGCAACAUGACCAACCUCAUCGUCCACGGCACCAGUCGCACUCGAAACUUCAGGGACACAGUCCAGAGUGCUUCCGAGUUUGCAGCCAGGAACCAGCUGCCGAAGCACAUCAAGAACCAAAUGCUGUCCCACAUUUGCUUGAGGUUCAAGACCGAGGAGCUGAAGCAGCAACAGAUCUUGAGCAAUCUCCCAAAGGGAAUUCGAUCCAGCAUAGCCUGCAACUUGUUCUUCCCAGUUGUGCAGAGAGCAUGCCUCUUCCAUGGAGUUCCCUUCGACUUCCUUUACCAACUCGUUCCCGAAAUGGAGGCUGAGUUCUACCCGCCGAGGGAAGAUGUCAUACUGCAAAAUGAGGCACCCACUCACCUCUACGUACUGGUAUCCGGAGCAGUCGAUUUGAGAACAAAGACCGAUGGAAAUGAGCAGAUUUGUGCGAGGCUCACUACAGGAGAUGUCUUUGGGGAGGGAGCAGUUCUAAGCGGCACGCCACAGCCAUAUGCCGCACGCACCGUUGAGCUCUCACAGAUUUUGAGGCUGAGCAGCGAUACAUUCUUAACCAUGCUCCGAGAGAAUGUCGAAGUCAGUAAAAUUAUCGCGAACAACCUUUUAAAGAAACUGAAACCGGCAGAUGAGGAAACCGAUGAAAUGAUCAACGAUCCACAUUCAGCUAAUGGGAUACCCGAAUUCCAUAUUCAUGAACAACGAGUUCAUGAAAAGAUCAACAGAGACAACUGUUCAAAAGGCGCUGUUACUUCAGCUUGCAGAAAACGGGCCAUCAUUCACAUGGCAUCCAGAAUGCCACCGAGUGCCAGAGAACAGAUUGGGAAGCUCAUCAACUUACCUGAUUCUUUGGAAGAGCUCUUCAAAAUUGCAGGUGAAAAGUUUGGCUGUCGAGAGCCGUCGAAGGCGGUGAGCCAAGAUAACGCAGAGAUCGAUGACAUCGAAGUCGUUAGAGACGGAGAUCAUUUGUUUCUGCUAUAGUUUGGCAGAGUAACUUCCAUGAUACUUAGUUUAACCUUAGAUAGGUUUAAUUUUCCAGUUCUAACCUUGAAAUUUACAUCACUUUGUACGAAGAUGUGAAUAUAAAAUUUCAUUGUUUGUGGAAAAAUUGAUGAUUUUGACCGAUUU